CUACAUCUUCAAAACGUGUAACAUCAACAAAAUCGCCCUUCCCAGCAACAGAGACACAGGUCUCUGUCAAUAAAACUACCCCUGUUCUUGGAACCACUUCCCCAACAAGUCAAUUUGAAACAACUGAAGUUGUAGUCACAGAUGUGGGUGCAACUAAAACAACUAGCUCAUUAUCUUCUUCCACAAUGAGGGAAACACCAACAAAGACCCGCGGUCCAUUCCAGACGACUACAACCGACAACAGAACAGCAAUAUCGUCAUCUGCAACACCAACUGUCUCAAGUACAUCUUCAAAAGAGUUAACGAGUACCACAGCAGGGGACGGGUGUUCACGGUGUCAUCCGGUCUGGGCCACCUGCGUCAACAACACAUGCAUCUGCUUACCUGGCUACAACGGCAAUGGUGUCAUCUGUGAAGACAAAAAUGAGUGCGACGAUAGGCCCGGACCUUGCCAUCCGCGCUGGGCCACUUGUACAAACACAAACGGUUCUUACACCUGCGCCUGCGUGAGCGGAUAUAGGGGAAACGGUGUAAAUUGUACCGACAUUGAUGAAUGUGCGGAAACCCUCGAUAACUGCCAUCGCACGAGAGGAUACUGUGACAACAUUGACGGUGGAUAUGACUGCUUCUGCAUCGACAAGUAUCCAAGAGGGAACGGCCGGAAAUACUGCGUCCGGGACAUCAUUGUGUACGUGUCCAUUAGAGCGAUUGGGUAUCCAUUUCUACCUGAUUACCGGAAUCAAAAUUCCAACGCAUUCAUCGGGCUGAGAAACUGGCUUUUACCAAUGGUAUCAACUGAACUCCAACCAAUACAAUAUAAGCCCAAUAUAUACUACGGGGUGCAUUCAGUGGACUUGGUAGAUGUAAGGGAUGGCAGUUUUGUCGCCGUAUUUGAAGUGAACGUGACGGAACCUGCUCUGCCAGAGCUGGAGGAUUUGGUGGUCAACAUAACAAAAGGGGGUCAGCUCGGAAACCUGACCAUACAGACUAACGUAACAACCAUCGGGGAUCACUCCCUCCUGGUUGCGAUUGAGCAGUGCUUCCUUGGAACACAUGACUGCCACGAGAACGCCACCUGUACAGACACGUAUUUCUCCUGGGACUGCAAGUGUAACCCCGGCUUCACGGGCAACGGCACCUGGUGUGACGUUGUGGAAUCAGAGUACAUCUCCUUCAAAGUGUUGGGACUGAACCUUACCUUAGACUACGAGAACAGUUCCUCAAGAGCGUAUCAAGAUCUUAAGAACCAACUGGAGAUUCUGGUGGUCGACGAAGUGGAUGGGGUGGUUGCCGUUAGAGUGAUUGACAUACGGCCUCCAGACACGGGAGUGGUUCUCCAGAUUGACUUUGCUGAGACAUCCAGGGACGAAGUCAGAAACAACGUCUUUGACGCUGCCAAUGAUGAUCGUUUAGGGUCUCUAAGUGUGGACGGGAACGCAACGACUUUCGGAGACAUUUCUGUGGAAUCUGGCUACAUUUCCUUCAAGAUCCUGGACCUGGAUCCUACAAAAGACUACGAGAACAAAACAUCAGCCGACUAUCUGGAACUGACUCAGUUGCUAGAAGAACUGGUCAUGAACAUCACAAGUGACAUCGUCUCUGUGGACCUGUUUGAUGUGAGGUAAGAAGACAUAAACACUCGGCACGACAUUGCUUUGUACCAAAUAAUCCCUUCAGUAACUGUAAAAGUAAUAUUUUCAACUGUUCUCUGUUUUCUCCCCAGGCUUCCAGACGCAGGAGUGAUCUUCCAAAUCACCUUCAACGAGUCGGAUAGAGAAAAUGUGAACAGAGACAUUUUCAGUGAGGCUGCAGACAACCAGCUAGGGCCAUUUACGGUAGAAGGAAACGCUACAACCUUUGGGCCGAUAUCCCUACUUGUAGCCUUACCGGAGUGUUCUGACGGCACCAACAACUGCAGUACAAACACAGACUGUGUGGAGGAGUACCUGUACUUCAGCUGCGUGUGUUCAGAUGGUUUUGUUUUCAACGGCACAGAUUGUGAAGCCGUGCAGCCCAACUACAUCUCCUUCAAGAUUCUGGACCUGGAUCCUACAACAAAAGACUACGAGAACAAAACAUCAGCCGACUAUCUGGAACUGACAGAGCAGCUGGAGGAACUGGUCAGAAACAUCACAGGAGACAUCACUUCAGUGGAACUGUACGACGUCAGGCUUCCGGAUGCAGGAGUGAUCUUCCAAAUUAACGCUACAGUAACUGAUGUUGAAGAUGUACGAAGAUCAGUUUUCAACGAGGCAGCAGACGACCGGCUGGGCCCAUUUACGCUUGAGGGGAAUGCUACAACAUUUGGGCCGAUAUCUCUUCUCGUGGCCCUACCGGAGUGUACUGACGGCACCAACAACUGCAGUGCCAACGCAGACUGUGUGGAAGAGUACCUGUACUUCAGUUGUGUGUGUUCAGACGGCUUCGUUUUCAACGGCACAGACUGUGAAGCCGUGGAAUCCAACUACAUCUCCUUCAAGGUCCUGGACCUGGAUCCGACAAAAGACUACGAGAACAAAACAUCAGCCGACUACCUAGAGCUGACGGCCUUACUGGAGGAGCUGGUCAGAAAUAUCACAGGCGACAUUCUGUCAGUUCAGCUGGUUGACGUCAGGCUUCCGGACGCCGGAGUGAUCUUCCAGAUUAAUACCACUGUAUCAGAUGUUGAGGAAGUCCAAAAAAACAUUUUCAACGAGUCGGCAGACGGCAGGCUAGGGCGGUUUACUGUAGAUGGGAACGCUACAACAUUUGGACCAAUAUCUCUUCUCGUGGCCUUACCGGAGUGUACUGACGGCAGCAACAACUGCAGUGCCAACACAGACUGUGUGGAGGAGUACCUGUACUUCAGCUGUGUGUGUGCAGACGGCUUUGUUUUCAACGGCACAGACUGUGAAGCUGUGGAGUCCAACUACAUCUCCUUUAAGAUCCAGGACCUGGAUCCUACAAAAGACUACGAGAACAAUACAUCAGCGGACUACUUAGAGCUAAAAGUCUUACUGGAGGAGCUGGUCGGAAACAUCACAGGCGACAUCCUGUCAGUUCAACUGGUUGACGUCAGGCUUCCGGACGCCGGAGUGAUCUUCCAGAUCAACACCACUGUAUCAGAUGUUGAGGAAGUCCAAAAAUCCAUUUUCAACGAGUCGGCAGACGGCAGGCUAGGGCUGUUUACUGUAGAUGGGAACGCUACAACAUUUGGACCGAUAUCUCUUCUUGUGGCACUACCGGAAUGUUCUGACGGCAACAACAACUGCAGUACCAACACAGACUGUGUGGAGGAGUACCUGUACUUCAGUUGUGUGUGUUCUCUCAACGGAACCGACUGUGAUGCUGUGAAAUCCAACUACAUUUCCUUCAAGAUCCUGGACCUGGAUCCUACAAAAGACUACGAGAACAAAACAUCAGCCGACUAUCUGGAACUGACAGAGCUGCUGGAGGAACUGGUCAGAAACAUCACAGGAGAUAUCACUUCAGUGGAACUGUACGACGUCAGGCUUCCGGAUGCAGGAGUUAUCUUCCAAAUCAACGCUACAGUAACUGAUGUUGAAGAUGUACGAAGAUCAGUUUUCAACGAGGCAGCAGACGACCGGCUGGGCCCUUUUACGCUUGAGGGGAAUGCUACAACAUUUGGGCAGAUAUCCCUACUUGUAGCCUUACCGGAGUGUUCUGACGGCACCAACAACUGCAGUACCAACACAGACUGUGUGGAGGAGUACCUGUACUUCAGCUGUGUGUGUUCAGACGGUUUUGUUUUCAAUGGCACAGACUGUGAAGCUGUGAAGUCCAACUACAUCUCCUUCAAGAUCCUGGACCUGGAUCCUACAAAAGACUACGAGAACAAAACAUCAGCGGACUAUCUGGAACUGACAGAGCUGCUGGAGGAACUGGUUAGAAACAUCACAGGAGAUAUCACUUCAGUGGAACUGUACGAUGUCAGGCUUCCGGAUGCAGGAGUGAUCUUCCAAAUCAACGCUACAGUAACUGAUGUUGAAGAUGUACGAAGAUCAGUUUUCAACGAGGCAGAAGACGACCGGCUGGGCCCAUUUACGCUUGAGGGAAAUGCUACAACAUUUGGGUCGAUAUCUCUUCUCGUGGCCCUACCGGAAUGUACCGAUGGCACCAACAACUGCAGUGCCAACACAGACUGUGUGGAGGAGUACCUGUACUUCAGCUGUGUGUGUGCAGACGGGUUUGUUUUCAACGGCUCAGACUGUGAAGCUGUGGAGUCCAACUACAUCUCCUUCAAGAUCCUGGACCUGGAUCCGACAAAAGACUACGAGAACAAAACAUCAGCGGACUACUUAGAGCUAAAAGUCUUACUGGAGGACCUGGUCGGAAACAUCACAGGCGACAUCCUGUCAGUUCAACUGGUUGACGUCAGGCUUCCGGACGCCGGAGUGAUCUUCCAGAUCAAUACCACUGUAUCAGAUGUUGAAGAAGUCCGAAAAUCCAUUUUCAACGAGUCGGCAGACGACGGGCUAGGGCCGUUUACUGUAGACGGUGACGCUACAACAUUUGGACCGAUUUCCCUACUUGUAGCUCUACCGGAAUGUUCUGACGGAAGCAACAACUGCAGUGCCAACACAGACUGUGUGGAGGAGUACCUGUACUUCAGUUGUGUAUGUUCUCUCAACGGGAGCGACUGUGAUGCUGUGGCGUCUAGCUACAUUUCCUUCAAGAUCCUGGAUCUGGAUCCUACAAAAGACUACGAGAACAAAACAUCUGCCGACUAUCUGGAACUGACACAGUUGCUAGAAGAACUGGUCAUGAACAUCACAAGUGACAUCGUCUCUGUGGACCUGUUUGAUGUCAGGCUACCAGACGCGGGAGUGAUCUUCCAAAUCACCUUCAACGAGUCGGAUAGAGAAAACGCAAAGAGAGACAUUUUCAGUGAGGCUGCAGACAACCAGCUAGGGCCAUUUACGGUAGAAGGAAACGCUACAACCUUUGGACCAAUAUCUCUACUUGUGGCCCUACCGGAAUGUACUGACGGCAGCAACAACUGCAGUACCAACACAGACUGCGUGGAGGAGUACCUGUACUUCAGCUGUGUGUGUUCAGAUGGUUUUGUUUUCAACGGCACAGACUGUGAAGCCGUGGAGCCCAACUACAUCUCCUUCAAGAUCCUGGACCUAGAUCCCGCCAAGGACUAUGAGAACAAAACAUCAGCCGACUAUCUGGAACUAACAGAACUGCUGAAAGAAUUGGUCAGAAACAUCACAGGAGACAUUCUUUCGGUUCAGUUGAUUGACGUCAGACUUCCAGACUCGGGGGUGAUCUUCCAGAUCAACACAAAAGUCUCAGAUGUAGAGGCCGUUAAAGUGUCCAUUUUUGACGAGGCUUCUGACGACGAACUGGGGUCGUUUUCGCUAGACGGAAAUGCAACAACCUUUGGACCCAUUUCCCUACUUGUGGCCCUACCGGAGUGUUCUGACGGCACCAACAACUGCAGUACCAACACAGACUGUGUGGAGGACUACCUGUACUUCAGCUGUGUGUGUUCAGAUGGUUUCGCCUUCAACGGCACAGACUGUGAAGCUGUGCAGUCCAGCCAUAUUUCAUUCAAGAUCCUGAACCUAGAUCCCACCAAAGACUACGAGAACGAAACAUCAGCGGACUAUCGUGAACUCACGGAGUUACUGGAGGAGCUGGUCAGACACAUCACAGGCGACAUCCUUUCAGUUCAACUGGUUGACGUCAGACUUCCAGAUUCAGGAGUGAUCUUCCAGAUCAACACCACAGUAUCGGAUGUGGAGGACGUUAAAGCGUCUAUUUUUGACGAGUCUGCAAACAACGAACUUGGACCAUUUACACUGGAUGGGAACGCUACAACAUUUGGGCCCAUUUCCCUUCUUGUGGCCCUACCGGAGUGUUCUGACGGCGCCAACAACUGCAGUACCAACACAGACUGUGUGGAGGAGUAUCUGUACUUCAGCUGUGUGUGCAAAGAUGGCUUUGCUUUCAACGGAACUCACUGCGAAGCUGUGGACUCCAAUUACAUCUCAUUCAAGAUCCUGGAUCUUGAUCCUACCAAGGACUAUGAAAACAAGUCAUCAGCCGACUAUCUACAGCUAACAGACCUACUUGAGGGUCUGGUCGGCAACAUUACAGGAGACAUUUUGUCAGUCGAGCUUAUAGAUGUGAGGUUACCAGAUACCGGGGUGAUCUUUCAAAUCAACACAACAACAUCAGACACCGAAAAGGUCAGAGAAGCGAUCUUUCAGGAGGUCUCAGAUGACAAACUCGGGAAUUUUACUUUGGACGGGAAUGCCACCACUUUUGGGCCCAUAUCGAUAGAGUCAAGCUACAUAUCCUUUAAGAUCUUGAACCUGGAUCCCACAAAGGACUACGAGAACAAAACAUCUAUGGAUUACUUGGAGCUAACUGACGUGCUGGAGGAACUUGUGAGAAACAUCACAGGGGAAAUACUAUCAGUGGAGCUCAUUGAUGUCAGGUUGCCGGAUGCAGGGGUAAUAUUUCAACUCAACGCCACCAGAUCUGACACUGAUAGUUUGGAAAGCGCCAUUUUUGACGAAGCUGCAGACGACAGACUGGGAGACUUUGUUCUUGACGGGAACGCCACGACGUUCGGCCCAAUUUCUCUACUUGUGGCUUUACCGGAAUGUACUGACGGCAGCAACAACUGCAGUACCAACACAGACUGUGUGGAGGAGUACCUGUACUUCAGUUGUGUGUGUGCAGACGGCUUUGUUUUCAACGGCACAGACUGUGAAGCUGUGGAGUCAAACUACGUCUCCUUCAAAGUGUUGGAUCUGGACACCACCAAAGACUAUGAAAGCAAGACUUCUGCCGAUUACAUGGAGCUGCAAGCUGUACUGGAGGAGUUGGUGACGAACAUAACGGGAGAUGUAUUCUCUGUGGAGCUGUUUGAUGUCAGACUCCCGGAUGCAGGAGUGAUUUUCCAAGUGAGCUCGACUGUCUCGGAUGUCAGUGACGUCAAACAAGCCAUCUUCGACGAGGCUUCGGACAACCAACUCGGACAGUUUACGUUGGAGGGGAACGCCACAACAUUUGGGCCGAUAUCUCUCUUGGUGGCGCUACCAGAAUGUGAUGAUGCAAGUACAAACAACUGCAGCUCUGGUGCAGACUGCCAGGAGGAGUACCUGUACUUCAGCUGUGCUUGUAAAGAGGGCUACACUGGGAAUGGGACUACCUGUGAAGAUAAUGAUGAAUGCAGUAAUGGUGUAGCAGACUGUGACGCUAACGCAGUCUGUACCAACAUCCCUGGCUCAUUCACCUGCCGAUGUAACACUGGUUACCUUGGCAACGGCACCUUCUGUAAAGAGGUGACCAACCAGUACAUAGCAUUUCGGAUGACUGAUUUGGACCCGACCAUAGACUACAAUGACACAACCUCACCUGAAUACAGAGCUCUCAAAGAGCUCCUGGAAGAGCUGGUCAGCAACAUAUCAGCUAAUAUUAUAGGUGUGGAGCUUAUUGAUAUCAGGCUGCCAGAUGCUGGUGUGAUUUUUGACAUUAACAUCACAGACAGCUACGUGAACCAGGUGAUGACAGCUGUGUUUGCAGAGGGAGAUGAUGGAACUCUGGGCAUGUUUGCAGUAGCAGACAACGAUACAACAUUUGGGGACAUAUCCUUGAAGGUUGCUCUACCAGAGUGCAGUGAUGGAACAAACAACUGCAGCCAUCUGGCCAACUGUACAGAAAAGUACCUCUUCUUUGACUGUGACUGUUUCGAAGGCUAUACAGGGAAUGGAACAUACUGUGAAGAUGUGGAUGAGUGUAACCUUGACCUAGAUAACUGUGAUGACAAUGCCAACUGCUACAACACCCCAGGCUCCUUCCAAUGUCAAUGUCAAGAUGGUUACCUUGGGAAUGGGAUUGUCUGCAAACGCAUUGUAACAACAUAUGCAUCAUUCAAGAUGCCAAAUCUACAGCCAGUACAAGAUUACAAAGAUGUAAAUUCCUCAGCAUACAAGGAAUUGGAAGACUAUUUGGAGUCACUUGUGAGAAACAUGUCAGAUGAAGUAACCGCAGUUAGACUGCUUGAUGUCAGGUUCCCUGAGGGAGGAGUUGUUUUGGAGUUUGAUGUGACAGAAGAUGAGUUGCCUGACGUGUACGAUGCUAUCGUAGCAGAGGGGCUGGAUGGAACAGUUGGUCCUUACACAGUGGAGGGGAAUGCCACCACAGUCGGAAACAUCUCUCUCCUGGUAGCUCUACCAGAGUGUAACGACACCAGUACUAAUGACUGUGAUCCUGAGGCCACCUGUGUGGAGGAGUACCUGUACUACACCUGUGUGUGUAACCAUGGUUACACAGGUGAUGGACAACAAUGCACAGAUGUGAAUGAGUGCAGCCUGAACCAGGACAACUGCCAUGGUGAUGCUGUCUGUACCAACCUCCCAGGAUCCUUCAGCUGUGCCUGUGCAGACGGGUUCUAUGGAAAUGGAACACACUGCCAAGCUGUAAUUGAGACAACAACAGCAAUUCAACCAACAGUAACUGGUACAGUAGAUGGAGGUUGGAGUGAGUGGACUGACUGGUCCAACUGUUCCGCUAGCUGUGGAUUAGGCACCCAGGAGAGAACACGGCAGUGUGACAGCCCCCCUCCCCAAAAUGGCGGCCGGAACUGUCAGGGACCAGACAGACAGGAGAGGCCAUGUUUUAGUGGACAAUGUCCCCCUGGAUUUAUAGACUGGUGCAGUAGUGCUGAGGACAGGUGUGGCCAGUUGAACCAUGGAGGAGUUUGUACACUAAUAGGGUCGGGGUACCAGUGUUCAUGUCAGGAUGGCUGGGAGGAGGUCAGGUCAACGGAUCGUACCAUGUUCCUAAGAUGCGAAGAUAUUGAUGAGUGUACUACAGGACAGCAUGACUGUAACACCACCUUCUCCCAGUGUGUCAAUAACCUGGGGAACUACAGCUGUGACUGCCUGCCUGGGUACACACUAGUGGAUGGAAAAUGUGAAGAUAUAAAUGAAUGCACGACCAGUGGACCCCGUCGGUGUGACCAUAAUGCUGACUGUAUCAACCUGCAUGGGAGUUACACAUGUAUGUGUAAAGAUGACUACAUCAGUAGGGUACAGGAGGGCACUGGCUUCCCUGGACAGUGUAAAGAAAAACGACUGUUCCCAUAUGGAGAAGCAGAGGGAGAUUUGUUACUGUACAAUGACUCAGCAGCUACAGGAGAAAUGGUUUCACCCAUCAUAGGGGUGCCACAUGGCAUUCCACUCAGGGGAGGGAAACUUUGCAACUCUGUCUAUGUGACCGAGAACGGAGUCCUGGCCUUGAAUGACAGAAUAAGAGAACACGAGACAGGAGACAAGGAGACCUACAGGAACCCAGAGCCGCUCAACGACAUCUUCGAGUCCAACAGAACUGAGACCUGCGCAGUUCUGGCAGCGUUCUGGGCUAACAACAGGUUCACUGGCCUGGAGCCUGGGAGAAAUCCUAGGGUGUGGUACCAUGCAUACUCCCAUGGGAAUGAGCGAAUGUAUGACUUAGUGGACCGUGCCAUACUCAGUAACUUCACCACCCUGCCCAACUAUCGCUCAGAGUUCAUUCUAGUGGCCACCUGGCAGGACAUGGCACCUCCAUGGAGAGCAGAUGCCUCACAGUUCAACACAUUCCAGGCAGUUCUGGCCACAGACCACCAGCACACCUUUGUCCUGUACCGUUAUGAAGAUGCUGAGAUGACCUGGCUACCUGUAUAUGAUGAAGAACAUGUCCAACAUCAUAGAUAUCCAGCAAGGAUUGGAUAUGUGAUCCGGCUGCCGUUGUACGACGUAGAAGAUUUGAACUCCGGAGAAUGGUCCAGACAUGCAGAAGAAGCGAAUGCGUACAGAAUGGAGAGGAAAGUCAGUGACACUACAGGCAGACUGGGCAGGGUCAUCUACCAACUAGACAAUAACGACAACAGCUAUGUCAACCCACGAAGGGCUUGUCAGGACUGGUAUGAGCUUGAGCCAGAUCCGCAGAGUUUUGCAGCAGAGGUGAUUGGCACAUGUCCAGGCUGGGGAGGGCAGGCUAGGGACGAGAGGGGACGUUGGGAGAAGAUCACAUCUGAUCAGGAUACGUCCUCUCAGUGUUAUCAGAAGAUCUUUCCUCUGAGAUCAGGUGGUAACCAGGAAUGUUGCUAUGGAGACAAGAACCAGUUGAUUGACACCCUGAACAGGGUUCAUCGGGGUACGACAGGCUUCCUGCACAGGUAUCCCAAGGGAAACGCCAACGACCAGACAACCAAUCACUACAAGUUUGACAUCCUGCCGCGUAAGUGGUGCUGUGAGGAGUCGGGUUCGGAUGAGUACUGCAAACGGUACGCAGAAAAACGGCCCAUUGGCACAUCUGCUCGGUACAGGGCAGUCAGGAUCGCCAAUGCCUUUGGUGACCCCCACUUCACCACCCUGGAUGGUCGGAGCUUCACGUUUAAUGGCUAUGGAGAAUACGUCCUACUGAUGUCCACCAGUGAUGCUCCUCAUGACUUCAUGCUGCAGGCACGCACGGCUGUGGCCACAUCUCAAGGAGCUCAAGUACAAGCUACUGUCUUCAGUGCAGUAGCUGUAAAGCAGCCGACCAAUGACGUCCAAGUCUACCUGUCCGGAGAUGACACAGUCCGAGUCAAGGUGGACAAUACAGAUGUCACCCUGACAUCCAUCGCAGACAACUCCUACAACCAGGGGAUCUUCCCAGACGGGAGACUUUUUGCUGUCUAUGAUGACACAGACCCUACCAUGAUAACAGGAGUGCUGGUGACCUACAGCUCUGGUAUAUCUGUCCGUGUUACAGCAGUCAACGGGCUCCUGGACUUUGUCGUUGGGAUGGUCGCUGAGAUGGAAGGAAAACUCACAGGGCUGCAGGGUAAUUCUAAUGGUAACCCUGGUGAUGACUUCAUUAAACCAGAUGGGAGUGCAAUCACCACGGCCACACCUAGCAACCCUUCAGAACGAGAGCUGUUUGCAUACGGCAAGACAUGGUCCUUGAAGAAUGUAGCCCAGCAUCUUAACGAAGAUCUCAACACCUUCUCCCUCUUCUCAUCAUAUCCCUCCGACUCAAACAACAAUUCUCCAGACAGCUACGGGGAUGAAAACUUUGUCCCUAUGUUCUUUGACGAUGGACAGAUCUUUACUGAUGAGACCCUGAGAGAAGAAGCAGAGGCGACAUGUGGUGAUGGUACAGCAUGCCUGUAUGACAUCGCAGUUACGGGAAAUCUGGCUGUCGGAAACAACACUUUACUAUCAGACAACACCUUCCAAACUGCUAUGGGAGUUCUCAAUAACAAAGCCCCAGUGCUGGUGGUGCCCAGCGAGAUCCGUGCUGAAGCUCACACAACCUACACGCUGGCUAUAAGCGCUAUUGACGAGGGGUCAGAGGUCAAACUGAGCCUGGAAGAAGGCAGCGUGGGAAGCCUGGUGAAGACUGGACCCAAAACUGCCACAUUCAUGUGGACCCCGCAACACAUAGACACAGUCUUCAUUGAGUUUGUGGCAGAGGAUGAACAGGGUGCUCGUACAGAGUUUAUCCCAGAGGUGACGGUUUGUGACUGUCACAACAACGGGACCUGUGACUACAACAACACCAUAGAGAGGGUGAACGGCUUUGCUGCAGCGGUGUGCCAGUGUCUGCCCGGCUUCGGGGGCGAUCACUGUGACAUUGACAUAGACGCUUGCGAGGGAAAUCCAUGUUUUCCAGGAGUUCAGUGUUACGAUGCGGCUGCCCCCCUCCAGCCAGGUCAGAGGGCAUACACCUGUGAACAGUGCCCAGAUGGAACGGUGGGAAAUGGAGAAUCAUGUGAAGAUAUCAAUGAGUGUUUGCUAGAGUCUAACGACCCAGGCUACCAUACCUGUGUGAACGCUGACUGUGUGAACACACCGGGCAGCUUCAGCUGUGUCUGCCACCCAGGCUACCAGAGGGACGGAGACGGACACCACUGUGUCGAUAUCAAUGAAUGCCGGAACAAAGACCACAACCGUUGUGACUCCCACCAUGGGAUCUGUGUGAAUAAUGACGGAGGUUACAACUGUUCAUGCCAGCCUGGACAUACAACCAACGACAAUGGAACCACCUGUACAGAGCUGGAUGAGUGUUCAGCUGGAAACUCAUGUGAACAGAUCUGCACAGAUCGUGUUGGGUUCUAUGAGUGUGGCUGUACCGAACUCUUCACUCUGAACCAGGAUGGGAGGACCUGCAGACCCCUAGUGAACUGUUCCAGCCCCAGCCCGUGCCACCCCGGUCCUGUGGGGACAUGUGCUGUGAACAUCACCAACGGCAGCAGGGAGGAGGUCUGUGGGUGUGUCACAGGGUACGCCCUGCAGCCUGACAACUCAUGCCAAGAUAUUGAUGAGUGUGCAUUGGACAUUGACCAGUGUGAUGAGCAUGGUGACUGUGUGAACACUGUUGGUGACUACAACUGUAGCUGUCACACUGGGUAUCAGCUCACCAAGAACCAUGGCAAACGCCACUGUGAUGACGUGAAUGAAUGUGCAGUGGAUGACGGAGGCUGCAGUGACAUCUGUGAGAACACAGACGGCUCCUAUAACUGUGCCUGCCCUGAUGGCUACAACCUGGGAGGGGAUGGCAGGACUUGUGAAGACCUGAAUGAGUGUGUGUUAGGCACGGAUGACUGCUCCACACAAGCCCAGUGUAACAACACUGUCGGCGGGUUCACCUGUCACUGCAGAGACGGGUUUGAAGGAGAUGGGACAGCAUGUGGGGAUAUCGAUGAGUGUGUGCGAUCAGACAUAGUGACCUGUCAGGUGGGCUGUAGUAACACCCUGGGUGGGUACAUGUGCACCUGUGGGACUGGAUUCUUCCUCACAAGUGACCAGGUGUCCUGUCAAGAUCUGGAUGAAUGUGCCAGGAACACAGACAACUGCCAGCAGAGAUGCACCAACACUGCAGGGUCCUUUGUGUGUGCCUGCGACCCGGGCUAUGUACUACAGGCUGAUAGGAGAACAUGUCAACUACCUCCUACAACUUCAACUGUUACUCCAACAGUCCAAACCUCCCCCAGUACAGACAGAGCCUCUACAGUAAAUCCUACACAACCUGGUGUAACUACAGUCUUCAUCUCACCUGCUAUCACUCGCUCUACAGGUGUUCCACCAGUAGUUCUUCCUGAAGAGCCAGAGUGUGGCACAGACUGUCAUGUCCAGGCACGACACCUAACAAUAGGGAACAGGGAACAGUGUGUGUGUAACCCAGGGUGGACUGGCAAUGGGACUUACUGUGAACUGGCUGCCAAUGGCUUUAACCUGAGACUGAGAAUGAAGAACAUCUCAUUUGUUGAUGAGCUGAAUAACUGCAGGUCUCAGGAGUUCCAGGACCUCUGGCCGAUUGUCUUCAGAAGGCUGGAUAGUUACUAUCGCUACCACCAGAACAGGCGAAUAUCAGACAACUACCUGUACUGUAACCUCCAACUCUUCCUGAAUGGCAGCGUCAUAGCCUACCACACAGCCACCUUCAAGGCGGACUCCGACCUCACCAGAGAUGACCUGGCUGCUGCCCUAACCCAGGCUAUAUCUGCUGACACAGCCAACACACUCGGGUUUGAUCCAGAGUCUCCAGGAAUAGAAGAUGACACUGGCCUGCUGACCCGUAUAUUUGGUGUGCUGGGAGCGUUCCUGUUGUUACUGUUGAUGGUGUGCCUGUGUCGUUACUGGUUCCUCAUCCAGAAGAAGAGCAGCAAAAUGAGAUAUUACGUGCCCAGAGACGGCGCCCUGGGAGCUGACUCCGACACCAGUUCCACGACUGAGGACAUGGUCCAGCGCGUCGGCCCGACCAUCUUCGUGGGGCGUUACCUCCCCAGACGCGGCUUCACCAACGAGCUGCGCCGCAGCCCGUCAGCCACCAACCCUGACGCACACGACGAACGGCUUUAUAACGAGAUCUUUGGGAAGAACGAUACAUUCAAAAUCCAGCGGCCCAAGUGGAGUUAUCUGCCCAUCUCUGGUCCUCCAUCAACAAUGGGGAGUAUGAUGUAAACCAACCAACUCUUGACUGUGCAGACUCCUGAAAUCUAUGCAGAUUAAUUAUUCUUGAAAUUGUAAAAUGUAUUUUCAUAUGUAAAGAGAGAGUACAUUGCUGUAAAUUUUUAUGACAAAUAUUUAGAGAGAAAUGAUAUAUUAAAUUAACAAUAUAGUUUAAUUUACCACAAAGUGAAUCUUAUUUUGUAAAUAUUUUGUUGAA